AUGUGCCUGUACUUCAAGGGCGAGAAAGAAGUCAUGACAGUGGUCGGCAUCUACGUCGACGAUCUCCUUGUUACAGCAACAAGAGCUGCAGCAGUUGAGCAAUUUUUCGUGUCGCUUUCGAUCAAGAAUCUUGGACCAGCGUCGAAGUUUCUCGGUAUGAGAGUGACGGCACUCGACACGCACGCAUAUGUCCUUGAUCAGGAGGAGACUAUUGGCGAGAUGUUGCGUGAGCACGGCAUGGGUUCGGGCAACCCCACGCGAACGCCUAUUGAUGCCGAUUGCUACGAAGAAGUCACGCCAGAUAGUUCGCUGCUGCAGGAAAACCCAGAAUCCGGGUCACCAAGUAUUCGUUCGUUUCAGCCGCUGGUCGGCAAUAUUGGGUCUGACCCUGGUGACGACGUCGUCUCACUAGACGUUCCGCGUGAUAAUGGACGUCACCAUUCUCAUCGAGAAGAGUCGGUGGCAGGUGGUGACGUCGACCGCCGUCCGGUGACUCGUGAUGCUCUUCGAUCCCUUGAGGACGAGGUCCUUCGUGAUCGGAGCUCCGCUGAGCGUCAUGCUGAAGUAGAAUUUCGCUGUGCGGACGCCCUUGAGAAUUUGAAGCACGUCGUGCGUCGGCUGCCUCGCCUUAAGGACUACCGUGCUCUGUCGGAGCGCCUCCUAGCUGUGGAGCAGGCGAAUGCGUCGCUCCAUGCGGCAAUGGAGCGCUUGGCGCCAUUGGAAAUGGAGGUUGUUGUACUCCGUGCUCAGAACCAUCUGCUGGUUCAACUUCUGGGUGGCCGAGGGCCCGUGGGAUCGACUUCGGCGCCAACGCUUCCGCUUUCACUAGCGCCGGAUAAACGCUAG